AGAUGGAGAUUGGAAGGAGCCCACCUUAUUAGCACUUCCGACCUUAUAGUGUAGUCAAUAUGUAUAUAAGGCUUUUAUUGAAUAUUCACUAUUUAAUAGCGAGCGCAAGCAUUCGUCAUUUUCCGCCCCCUUGCUGCGUUGCCCAUUCUGAUUCGGCAAACUUAGAUUGAAUUCGGAUUGGUUGAAGCCGGGGUUGCUAUGGUAACGCGUUCAUGUUCCGGACGGGUCCAAGCAGUGAUGGGUCCGGAAUCCCUCCCGCAGCCUCAGCAGCACAAAGCAAAGAUAUGCAUGUGGAAAUACCUGGAUGUUCACUCCAUGGAUCUCAUUGACAAGGCCCAAACCACCGAUGAGCUGAAGAGUCUCCUCUCGGAGUUGUUCGACCUGCAGGAUUUCCAGUCAAACCCGCGCUCCGCCAUCUUGUUGGAUCUGUACUUCUAUUCCAUCCAGUUCUGCCGGGAGCAGGGAUUCAACCGGGAACAGACCUCUGCCUUCUUUUCCAUUGUGAAGGACACGCAUGAGGCCUGCGUGGAAACACCGCUACCGAACGUGGAGGAAUGCUACAACUACUUCACCGAACUGGUUUUCUGCCAUUCCAUCCGGAGACCUCCCUUCAGUAUCGAUCUCUUCAAUCAAGACCAGCUGGUGCUCAUAACCGAUUACGUGAUCAACACCUACUUCCGGCACUUCAAACUUUACAAAUAUGCUUUCACUCCGCAGGUGCGGUUGGAUCUAUCCUUCACCUAUAUUGGGAUGCCAGAGGCCAAAGAGGAAGUGGAGGAGCCAGCCGAGAGCAGGGAGUCUCCCUUGUCACCUCUGCAGGAGGAGAGUGAGGAAGCCCCGGCAGCCGAGCAAGACCCCACUGCCACUCUGCGGGAGUACAUCUCAGCCCAGCUCAACCAGGAACUGGCCCAGCUGCGGCUGGUGGUGGAGCAGCGCCUGCGGGCCGCAGAGGAGCAGUUCAGCAGCAAGCUGUCGCAGCUCGAGAAGGGGCCCAGCAGCAGCAAGGGGCCCGGCAAGGGCAAGAAGAAGUGAGCCUGCAGAGGAAGGGAGAAUAAAUAUUUUGAAAGCA